AUAACACUCACUCCAACAAACCCAUAAAUACAAAUACAUAUAUUCACAAUGCCGUGCUUUAAGCAAGAGAAGAGCAUAGAUUUUCGUUCCCGCCGGGACAAAAGCAACACCAGAGAUCUGAUGGCACCCAAAGCAGUUCGUCCACGAGCCAUCAAACACCAUGGACUCUUUGGCAUGGCCAUUGCCAGCCAGCAUCUCAUCGUUGACGAAAAGUGGACGCCCGCCUCGCUGACUGAACAAUUCACCAAAUUUACCGAAUUGUUGACGUGUCGCGUAAUCUACAAGCGGCAUGAGACAAAGGCCCAUCGCCGUCGCCUCUGUGCAGAGAGUCAGCGAUAUAAAUCCCUGUGCGCCGAUGGGCGAAUUAAGCUCCAAAAGAUAUCGCAAGGGAAUAAUACACACAAGAUACGCAACUUUUUGAUUAGGCAUAAGGAUAUGCAGCGUCUCUAUCAGAAAAUGCCCAUACAUCAAGUUGUCGAUAACAUUAAUCAACGCACUUUUACAAUGCGUAAGGAGCGAGAUCGCCUGCAAUGUCGAUUAGAGCAGGUGAAGGCUGAAUACAAGAAAUUACUGUUAGAUUAUUCUGACGUGGAAUGUCGCAUAAAGUAUGAGAAUGAGUUUGUGCUGGACGAGCAGCUCAAAUCACGCGUCUUGCUUAAGAAAAUUGAAAACUCGAAUGUGCGUUUGAAGGCCAUAAAGACCAUUAAUAAUACAUAUAAGAAAAUGUUGCAAGUGUUAAUGCAGGAUGAAAUUUUUUACGAGCCCAUUCUGCGUUCCUUGGACGGUGACAUGGAGGAUCAGUCGAAUUUCAUCAAGCACAUACUCUAUCUGGGUAUGCCGGCCAUAUCCAAGUUCAGAAAGCUCAAUAGCGAGUUUCGACAAAUGGAUGAAAGGUCACGUGAGAAUCUUCGGGCCAAGCUAGCCAUUUUAGCCUCAUUAAAGAAGCCUGUUGCAAUUGGACCACCACCAGAAGUCCAGAUCAAACAGAUUGCCACAGCAGACCCCAAGCGAUACGUGCGUGAGACGGAAAGCAUGCUUAUACUCAAGACAGAGUUACGGUCAAUCGAAAAAACAAUUCAGCGUUUAAGAUUAAAAACAUUAUGCUCGCAAGCUAAGGAGAUUUAUCCGCGUAUCAAGAAUCAGGUGGAAAACAAUGAACAUCUGCAUUAUCAAAUCGAGAAAGACAGACAGAAUCGCACCAUGCUAAUUAACAAAAUGAAGUAUGCCAGUGUUAUGAAGGGAGUUUUACUUAAUAAUCUCUCUGAGGAGGAAAUUAACCGCCUGGAGCGCAUUAGGCACUUAAAAAAAGUAUUGAGUGCGGAUGAGGAGUUCGAGCGAGAUACUAUGGACCAUAUUAAAAAUCGAGGAGAUGCUUAUGUAAUGAUGCGUUUGAGCCUUUGGAAUCUUUCUGAUAUCCUUCGACAUGUAGAUCGUAAUCCCAUAGUAUUUCGUCAUCAAUAUCAGACUUCGUAUUUGAAGUUGCCACUUCUCAAAUUCGAGAUGCUUCGCUUUCGCUCUGCGGCACCAAAGUUUUACGAGGAAAACAUUGAUAAAAUUAUGCAUUUGCUUAAGCGGAAGGUUUACAAACUUAUGAAAGGUUAUAAAGCUCAUAUGCAAAAUGAUAUUAAGAGUAGUAUUGAAAAAUAUCACCAAGAUUACUUAAAUAUGUUAGCAUUAGACGGCGAUUUCAAGAAAUCUACAGCAGAAUCGGAGGAGGUAAUAUUCCAGGAAAAAGUUAAUGCCAAUAUUCCGGAUCGAAAGCAGAUUAAGGCUCAGAGUGCUAAACUUAUAGACGAAUGUCUCAAAUACUUAGAUGAACACUAAUCGCUUGUUAGAUAAUCAAUAUUAGUUAGUUUUCAGAGACUUACAUUCUUAACCAUGUAUAUUCAUGUACUAUUUAAAAAAUAGCUAGACUUC